AUUUUAGUGUUUUUAUGCUUUUUUUUGUGUGGUCUCUGUGCAGUGGCAGUGCUGGCCGGGUGAUGCUCUCCAAGGAGGACAGAGAGGCAGCCAAGAUGGGGCUCUCGGUCUUCACGCACCAGAAAGUCUCCAGCAGCCCAGAGACAUCUGCUUCCAAAAAGAAGCAGGAAGAUGAAGAGAAGGUGGAGGAGAAACGACCUGAGAGCAGCAAAAAAUCCAAAAAGGAGAAAAAGAAGGAGAAAAAGAACAAGAAAAAGAAGAAACAUAAGAAGGAGAAGAAGAAGGACAAGGACAAGCAUUCCAAGAAGGAUGCUGCCCCAUCAUCCUCUGAUUCUUCCCCAGAUCGAGAUAAGAGGCACCACCGCAGGAAAACGCAGCAGCACUCGGAGGCAUCGCGGCACGGGGGCCGGCGGCGGCGGGACACGGAAUCCUCGGCGAGCAGCGGCAAUUGCGGCCGGAGCCCCGCCCGCCGGCGCAGCCGGAGCAGGGACGGCCGCGGCCGCCACCCGUCCCCGCGGAGAAAGGGCAGGAAGAGGAGCAGGUCCCGCUCCCCCCCGGCCCGCGGGGUCCGGCAGCGCCACGACACCGACUCGGAGGACUGA